AUGGCUGACAACAACGAUAAUAUUGAUGAAGUCUCAGUCUUUCCUCUCUCUUCACUUGCAACCAAGGCCACCUUUUCUCACUGGAAUCCCACCCGCUACAGCUCCCCGUCUGAGGUCACAUUCGCCGCCGGCAACCUCACGGAGCCUGCCCCUACCAGCAGCGUGCUACUCCGGCCUCAGCUUUCACGACAGAACUCCUCCGGCAUGGUGUCGGAGCCAUUCUGGAAGAAGCGCGUGGUCACGUUCUGGGACAACUUCGAUGAUGAAGAGCAAGACGACGAGAACAGGUCACGUGCGGAUGGCAAUAGAGCACUAUCAGUAAAAGAGACAAUUGCAGCACAGGAGGCGGCGGAGGUGGCUGCUACAGGGGAGGUUGUUGGAGAGGGAGAGGAAGACGAGAUUGACAGAGAGAUAGGACUUAAAGGAUCAAGGUACAUUCUGAGUGAUGAUGAGGAAUUUGAUGAGGAUGCAUGGUAA